AUAUAUUUAUAAGAUUAGGGGAAGAUAUUGUAAUGUUAUAUAAAAAGGCAGAACACAAUAAACAUUUACGUAGUUACUUAACGGAGCGGGCAAAUUCUGCUGUAGCAGUUAUAAAAGAUUUAGAAAUUCGAAAACAAGAUCAUUUCGAAUUCUUUGGUGAACAAACUAAUCUUCAGCUUAUAAAGAAUUUUGCAAAACGUAUGCUAGAUGUUAGAACAUUCAUUACAAAUGUUUCUCAACUUGGUUCAUUUGGUAACUUUUUUGAAGCUGGUGAUAUUGUACAAAUGUAUAAGGAUUUGUCGAUUAGGUUUGAUGAAUACAUGAAUUCUUUAAAUCAUGCGAUGAAGAAAAUUACAUAUCAAUAUCUUCAGCAAAAUUUGGAUUCCCGAACAGCUAAUUUAGAUAAUGAAAUCAAAAAUUAUUAA